CGGGUGACUAGUAUAGACUAGUGCCUGACCAUCAGUUACGUCACUAUUUCUUAUUGGCAAUGAUAUGCAGCCCAUGUAGCGUUAGUCUCGUAUUGUCAUAUUGUCAUGCAUGUUACCACAACGGUCGGCAAUGCUACUGGUGUAGAGUCUGGUGAAUGUACAAAGACCUUCUCAGUGUCCUUGUGGAGUCUGUCUAGUUGGAGGGAGAGGCUCCAUCGUCUGUGUCUCCUCAUACACACUUCAUCCACCUUUUCUUUCUCCUCCUUCAACUCCACUAGUACCUGCUGUACUGACCUGCGAGAGAGAGAGGAGAGGGGGGAGGGGGAGGAAGUAAGAGGAAAAAGAGAAGGAGGGAGGGGGAGAGAGAGGGUUAAAAAAGAAAAGAAGGAGAGAGGAAGAGGAGGGAGGGGAGGGAAGGUUUAGAGUAAAAGGAGGAGUGAGGGGGAG